CCACUGUUCUGGCUACAUAUAUGAUGCAUGAUGAUACCUCUACAUUUUUACAUUCCUCGCGAAAUGUUAAUUUAUCUCACAUAGGAAUUUUAGAACCAAUCAUUUCUUACUUAAUAAUUCAGGCUUAUCCAAGAGACUGUGCUUAUAUGGUUGGUGAUGAUGCGCCGUCAUGUAGUUAAGUUAAUUAAUGGACAGUACAGUCUGGCUGAAGAGUCUGUUUAAAUUGAUACGUCCUUCAUGUUCGGCCAUAUUUUUGUGUCUUAUUUUAUGCAUCAACAUUUGUAAAUUUGAUUGAACAAAAUUGUGAAACAUAAAUAUAUACACACUCAGUCUUUGGAUUCCCAACCGACAACAUCAUCAUCAAACAUUUUAUCACAAGCAGUAUUGAGAUGAUUACAAUUCGAAGAAUUGUUAUAAUUAGUUGUGUAGUAUUAUUCCAAUGCUUUAAUCAAUCUUAUUCAUUAAACUACUGGAGGAAAGGUGCAAUAAUUGAUAAUAACAAUCAUGGAAUGAAAUAUCAAAGAGCUAAUCAAUCAAAAUAUAAAUACGAGAUAAGGAAAAUCACUGUCCCGGUUGAUCAUUUUAGUUUUGCUGUAAAUGAAUCAUUCCAACUUCGUUACCUCGUCAAUGAUACAUGGCAGAAAGAUGAAAACCCACCGAUUUUUUUUUAUACUGGUAAUGAAGGAUGGAUAGAAGUGUUUGCAGAAAACACAGGUUUUAUGUGGGAUAUUGCUCCAAAUUUCGGAGCACUUUUAGUUUUUGCUGAGCAUCGUUAUUAUGGUGAAUCACUUCCUUAUGGGAAUAAAUCUUAUUCUGAUGCAAAAUAUCUAGGAUACUUGAAUUCUCAGCAGGCAUUAGCUGACUAUGUUCAGUUGAUUGAAUUCCUUAAAUCAGAUCCUAAAUUGAAGAGUAGUUCUGUCAUUGCAUUUGGUGGAUCCUAUGGUGGAAUGCUGAGUGCUUGGUUCCGAAUAAAAUAUCCACAUAUUGUGCAAGGAGCAAUAGCAGCUUCGGCGCCAAUUCUUCAAUUUACUGACAUAACUGAUUGCGAGGCAUUUUCUCGUAUUGUAACAUCAGAUUUCCGCGCAGCUAAUCCUACAUGUCCGAAACUAAUCCGCAGAUCAUGGGGUGCUAUAGCUAAUAUAACAUCGACUGAAAAAGGCAAGCAGUGGCUCUCUAGCUCAUGGAAAUUAUGUAAACCGCUCAAUACUACUGAUGACAUAAAUCAAUUUAAAAAUUGGUUAAUCAACAUUUACAGUAAUUUAGCUAUGGUAGAUUAUCCUUAUGAGUCUGACUUUCUAGCUCCACUUCCAGCUUAUCCAAUAACAGAGUUUUGUAAACAUUUAAAUAAAAUGAAUCCAACUCAUGAAGAGCUUCUAACUAUUCUGAACAAAGCAGUGAAUGUUUAUACUAAUUAUACUGGUAAAACAUCUUGCCUCGCCACAGAAGAUGCUUCACCAGAUUUAGGAGCAACAGGCUGGAAUUAUCAAGCAUGCACAGAGAUGAUUAUGCCAAUGUGUUCUGAUGGAAUUCACGAUAUGUUUGAGCCUCAGGCAUGGAAUCUGCAGGAAUAUAGUGAUUUUUGUGUUAAAGCAUAUAAUGUUACACCAAAGCCUUACUUAGCUUGUCAGACAUAUGGAUGUAAUGAUCUGUCUACUGCUACGAAUAUUGUCUUCAGCAAUGGAUUAUUGGAUCCUUGGUCUAGUGGUGGGGUUUUAAGAAACUUGUCUCAAUCUGCUUUAGCAAUAGUCAUAGCUGAAGGAGCUCACCAUCUUGACUUGAGAAGUGCUAAUGCUGCGGAUCCAUAUUCCGUUACUGUAGCACGAAAAUUUCAUCAGCAUGCGAUAACGAGAUGGAUCAGAGAGCAUGAUGAAAAUUUAAGUAAAUGAUAAUAUUACAUAGAUAACUACAAAUAAUAAUUUCAUUACUUUAUUAAGUAUAUUUAAAUAUGUGUGCAUACAAUGUUAUAAACAUAUCAUUCUAUAUUAAAUAAAAGAAUACUAAUUAGAUAAAAAAAUAAAUAACAGCAUAAUAGUAAAAUAAUAAAUAAUACAAACAUUAUUUUAAAAAU